AUGUUGACCACUUUCGGGGAAGAUGACUAUGCGACCACAGUUUGGACUCCUGCCGAGAUAGGAUUGCCACCACUUGAGGCUCGGUUGGUGGAUGGACCAGACAAUACCUCUGGUCGCGUUGAGGUGAAUUACAAUGGAAUUUGGGGCACCGUAUGUGACGACGGCUGGGAUUUGUACGACGCCCAUGUCGUCUGCAGAAUGGUGGGCUUCUACAGGGCCUCCUCCGCCCCAGUCAUGGCCAGUUAUGGCCCAGGGACCGGGGCCAUUCUCCUCGACGAAGUCUGGUGUCGUGGGUCUGAGAACAGCCUUGAAGAAUGCAGCAAGAACGACUACGGAGUUCAUAACUGUGUCCAUUCGGAGGAUGCUGGGGCGAUUUGUGAAACUACCGAAGAAGAGGAAGAUGUGACCUGGAGUUGGAGCGCAAUCGAAAUAGAUUGGCCAGUGUACCAACCAGAAAUUUGGAUUCCAUCUACAAGAAGCUCAGAGCGCUAUCUUGAGGCUCGGCUGGUGCAAGGACCUAACAAUUCUUCGGGUCGCGUUGAGAUACUAUACAACGGAACCUGGGGAACCGUGUGCGACGAUGGCUGGGAUCUGAACGACGCCCAUGUCGUCUGCAGAAUGUUGGGGUUCCCCAAGGCAUCAUCUGCACCCGUUAUGGCAACAUACGGGGAAGGAACUGUAGAUAUCCUCCUGGAUGAUGUUCAGUGCUCUGGCUCUGAGUACAGCCUUGAGGAUUGCAGGAAGAAGAACUAUUGGGUUCAUAAUUGUGACCAUCGGGAGGACGCUGGCAUCGUCUGUACAGAGCCUGUCCCUCUUCAGGUCCGUCUAGCCGAUGGUCCUAAUAGCAACAUUGGAAGGGUCGAGGUGAUGAUGAACCAGGGACACUGGGGUACCGUCUGCGACGAUUUCUGGGAUCCACAAGACGCCAAUGUGGUAUGCAGGAUGCUUGGAUUCUUCGGUGCUGCAUAUGCACCCGUGAGGGCUACUUACGGCGAAGGACUAGGGGAUAUCUUGCUCCAGAAUGUGGAUUGCAUGGGGACAGAGCACAAGCUGGAAACAUGUUUCUACGAUACACCACAGCUUUAUGAUUGCGCUCAUGAUGAAGAUGCCAGUGCCGCCUGCUUGGAUUUCGUUUCAGGGUUUGAUGUGAACGUGGACUCAUCUUUGACUGGAACUCUCAGCCUGCAGUGUCCUGACAUAGAAUCAUCCACGGACAAAGGUCGUGAUACAUCUUCUAACGUGACCAUCCGCCCUGUCGUACAUCACGGUGGAAACGAUAACGUAUCGGUGGGAUGUACCUACACCUCACAACAUGCAUUCGUCUUUGGAGACACGUGGGUUGCGUGUGCGGUACGAGAUGACGUUGGGAACUACGCGACUUGCAAUUUCACCGUCACCAUCAGAGAUGAUGACCCGCCUCAACUGGAUUGCCCCGAGUUUAUAAACGCUACUACAGAUCGUGGUAGUCGUCUCGCUUCCAAUGUCAUCAUCGAUCCACCUGUUUCCGACAAUACUGAUCCUAGCCCGUCUGUGUACUGUUCUCCUAGUUCUCCAUUUCCUUAUGGAAAUCAUUCUGUAACAUGUGCGGCGACAGACCGACUGGGAAACAACGCCACGUGUUCUAUCACGGUUUCAGUAACAGACAAAGACCCUCCUCAGAUUGACUGCAGUGACCGACAGGUCAUCCUCGAUGCAGAGGAUCCUUCAAACUUCAUUCCACGUGUGAGAGACAACAUAGAUCAAAUCCCAUCCAUUGACUGCUUCCCGGGUUAUUUUGUUGAAUUGCCUGCCGGCGGCGAUCCUACCAUCAGAUGCAACGCCUCCGAUUCCGAAGGAAACACUGCUACGUGCAACUUCACUCUUACUGUGCAAGACCCUUGUACAGCCCGCCCAUGCGUCAAUGGAGACUGUACCUAUUUAGGAUCAGCGAGAUACCAAUGUAGCUGCUUUCACGGUUACAAAGGAACACAUUGUGACGUCAUUCAUAAACCAAAGCUGCCAGUUGAAGUGAACACGCACCCUCAGAAUAAGAAGGUUCAGAUCAACAGUCCCGUCGCUUUGACAUGCAGCUUUAACAAUGCGGAAUCCUAUAAAUGGUAUAAAGAUGGCAACCCCUUGCUCAACAUGGCAAAUAAAACUACUCUUCGGAUCCAAUCUGUAAAUACGAGUCAUAUUGGAUACUACUUUUGCAGAGGAUAUGGUGAGCAGCAAUCAUCGAUAGACACCAAGAGAGCUUCUAUUUACAUUGAAGGUUUGGUCACAAUAAAAGUUUCCAACUUGAGAUUUCAUGUUGAUGGAAUUCCUACACCGUCAACCGUUCGUGACUUUGUAAUUGAUAGUCUAAAGAAUCAUACCAACGAGCUUCGUCUUACAUCCUACGAAGACCUGUCACCGGAAGUCAUUUGCAACCCCAACUCUUUCAACCAAGAAGGGACUGAUGUAGUUAAUGCUGAAGUCACUGUGUACAUGAUGAAUGCCACCAGCCUGACUGCAAUGCAAGAAAGAGAUCUUGUUAAGAGCGCCCUCACACAAGCUGCUAGCAUCUCAAAUGGUUUCUUGGACGUCGGCAGUAUGGACACAGAAAACACCGGUAAGCAGCUUUUUCUAAUUUUCAUGUAAUCCUUUCUUAAUAUGGAAGAUCAUGAUUCUUAGCAUGUAUAAUCUUACCUCUACAAUCUCAGGAGUGUACAGUAGGAACCAUCACAGUCCAUUCUCAAAAUCCAAUUUAAGAUCAUUAUAGCCAUAUGGUCCCGAAUCCGUUUGAUGCAGAGUGAAUGAAUCAUAAAGAUUCCUACAAAAUUAAAGGCAGAAGAGAUUCCAGCACGUACGUCUACCAGAAUUGAUAACCGCAGGCUAAACACUGUGAUUUUGGAUCUCUUAGGCGGCUAGUUUGGCCUGUCUAUGCAGCUUUUGAUGAUCAUCCAGGCAUUGAUCAAUACACAAAGGCUGACAUGUCUUGAAUAUAUACCGCCAUUUUGUGUGUGGGAGUGUGAAUGUGUGUUCAUAUACAUACACCUUCCAGUCAAACUUACAUCACACUUGGGAACAAUCACACCCGCACCCGUUGUACAUUCUAACACACUCUAAUCAUAACUUUAGUGUUAACAAAUUGACCCUUUCAUGAAUUCGUUAUAACUUUUUAUGUGUCACCGAAGAUUGCCUUACACAAGGCCUCGUGUCUGUUUUAUCAAACGCUUGCCGACCGAAGAGACUACACGCGCAAUGCCUGGUGAAUGCGAGGUCAGCGACUGAAUUCGUUCGAUCGCGCGUUCACCCGCAAGAUAUUUCAGCAAGAAAUUUACCCACAUUGUGCUGCACUCAACCCAGGUGAGGGUGAAUGCUUACCCAUAAGGAUUAAUUCCUUGAAAUGCACUGAGCACUAGACGGCUUCUUGAGCUAAAGCUCGGGGUAUAAAUUGUUUUUUCUAGAUAGAUGGCGCAAAAUAAAUGCCUAUUUUCAUUAUUAUUAAUAUCAGUAUUUUUGUUAUUAUCAUCACCAUCAUCAUUAUCACAUCAUUAUUACCCGGGUCUCACAAAUGAUCUUCGUCGGGCGCUAGUCCCAGCCAGGUCACAAGGCCUUGUAAAAUGCUAGAGCACUUCCUUUGCUCACGCCCAACAUAGAACAUGACUUUGACAGUCAUGUGCAACCCACACAGUGACACGAAUUUGCUCUGGGAUUUAUUUCGUCUAAGAUAUAGGGUUAGGGUUACAAUAGGGUUUUCUGUUAGGUUUAGGCUAGGGUAUAGUGGAAAAUCCUAUGAUAAAGUUGGUCAUUCCUCUUGUGUGUGAAAUAUACACUGGAGCAAAUGGACGCCGAAUCAAAUGUCAUAGAUCCCCAUCACACACCCUGACCCAGCGUUUAUACUUUAGCUUCCCUUUUCAGCCACAAUUAGACCAAAGACGAUUUGGAGCGAAGGUGCCUUAAGUUCAAGUUAAUUUAUUUGUUUCAUUGAAAACCGAAAAAACAAUACAUUCAUUCAUUGUCAAAGAGAAAAAAAAACAGCAAGGAUAAACACAUGAACAAAGAAUUAAGAAUAUCAGAUACAUGGAACAGAGGUGGCCUAUAUAAAAGUAGGGCUUGUUUACGCACAGAUCACUUUUGUCAUAACAUCAUAAAUACAGGAGAUAUAAGUAUCUAAGUCUACGAUAUAAAAAAGUCUGCAUAAAAUCGCGCGCAGAAUAAAAACUAGAUAAACAAAUAAAUACAUUUAAACUGACUUCGGCUGUCAAGGACCUGAUGUACCCCCCCCCCUUGAUGCGCCACUGCCCAAUUGAAACAUUGUGUCAAUUUUUUGUUUUUACUUUUAUC